AAUUUGUAUUUACUUCGUGUAGUUAGCUUAAAGACAUAAGCAGGCGUUUAAGUUUCAUCAUUGUCAAUAAAAAAAUGUUGUGGCAUAACCCUACAAAGUACACCGUAUGACAAAGCAACAUUUUAAGAACCUGUCGAAUGGGACCAUCUAACAGUGACUUUCUUAGAUAACAUCUGAACUUUAACCUUAUCUCAGGUCUGAUCCAGGACAGCACAGCAAUGGCGGUAGUUAAGUACUUGUUCGUUCUUUAUUUGAUUAAUAUUCCUAAGAUGUCUGCUGAAUUUGUUGGCCCCCCUCUGAUGCAAUUUGAAAAGAGUAAACAAUCCAAUGAUGUAGUUCUAUCUAAAUUGAUGGACAAAAUAGAAAAUCAGGAGGCGAGACUGCAGGAGCUGGAGAUGACAAUAACUGAAAACAAGGACAGAGAAACGGAGAGAGACCGGCGAAUAACACAGCUGGAAACGAGGGUGUCAUUUUACGAGGAAACUAUGGUUGAGGGAGAUAAACGUUUAGCUUACCUACAAACAAAGUUGUCAGUUUAUGAAGAUGCUUUGAUGGAAAGAGAACAACGCCUAGCCGAAUUGGUGAAGCACAAUGUUGCACGUGAAAAUGACGCUGCCAGAUCUCUAGAAGAUAGCAAUAAAACAAUUACUCCUAUUGCUAAUACCCCAAAGGAAGACGUACGCAUGACAUAUGAUCCAAGCGCAAUGAAACGCGGUUUGCGCAAGCACGGACUGGUGGCAAAGGAAACUGCAAUACAUACACAUUUAGCCAGGGUGAGCCCAGCAGCGACACAUGGGAUAGCUUUCUGUGUUUCCGUUAAUACGGCAACAGUGAACCUCCACGUGAAUGAAGUUAUCAUAUACGAUAACGUCAUGACAGACAUUGGGAGCGGAUACAACCAACAUGAUGGCAUCUUUACUGUCCCAGAGAGCGGGAUGUACGUGUUUACAUGGAAAACGGUUUCCUAUUUGCACAGUAAUGUCGGCACUACAAUCCAAAUGAACGGUUCUGUGGAGGGAGCACUAGGUUCUUUCGGGAACUCAAUCAGCAAUUAUCAGUCAGCCACGGGUGUUAUAGUCAAGUCAGUGACCGCUGGUGACCACGUGUAUAUCAAGAGCAGUAUGCAAGGAACUCUUGUGUCGAACAGUGAAGCUAGGUCAACUUUUUCAGGAUGGAGACUGUUUUAAUUUAAAAAACAAAAUCUGGUGACCUAAUGUUUGUAUCAAAUAUCUACUAUGGGCUUUGAUGUUAUGUGCGGAUGCGGAAAAGGGUAAAAUACAGCAUAACAAUUAUUGCUCUUCACCUGAUAUUAAGGUCAUUGGAGUGUAUUGAUAAACGGAAACAGGAAGUACAUCCCUAGUUGAAAAUCCAAUGUAGGGA